CUCUAAGGAAGGAAGUGGACUCUCUAAUCGAAGAGCAGUCAGAGGCCCGGAAGCAAUCUGAGAAGGACCGCUCAGCUAUGCUCUCUCAGAUGAAGGUUCUGGAGUCUGAGUUGGAAGAACAGCUCUCUCAGCAUCAGGGGUGUGCCGCGCGUGCCAAGGAAAUCUCCACCCUCAGACAGCAGAUGGUCUCUCUCGACAAGCAUUUGCGCAGCCAGCGGCAGUUCAUGGAUGAACAGGCUGCUGAGCGGGAGCAUGAACGUGAGGAGUUCCAGCAGGAGAUUCGGAGGCUGGAGGGGCAGCUCCGCCAGGCGGCCAAGCCACAGCCCUGGGGCCCCUGCGACAGCCAGUGCUCACAGCUGGAUGCAGAGGUUGAAUCGUUACAAGAAAAGUUGAGAGAAAAGUCAGAUGGAUUUAAUGAAUUGGUUAUAAAGAAAGAGUUGGCAGAUAGACAACUGUUAAUCCAAGAAGAAGAAAUUAAACAUCUUGAGGAGACAAACGUCAACACCAGAAGAAAAGUGGUCCAGCUCCAGGAAGAAUUGGAAAAACAGAAAAAAAUUGUGAAAGAAUUACAAGAUAAAGAGGUAUUGAAGGAGCAGCAGAUGAGUGACUUGCUUCUGGCAUCCACGUUGACGUCUGAACCAGAUGAAGGCAAAUGCUCUGUUCCUCCUGAGGGUCCAGAAAUCCAAGCUGAGGUUUUGGACUUAAAAGAACAGCUAGAAAAGAUUAAAGGUGACUUAGUGAGUAAAAAUGAAGAAAUACUACAUCUGAGCUUAAAAUUAGAUGUGCAGAACAGCCAUGCUGCCAUCAGCAUCAGAGAACUUGAAGAAGAGAAUGCCAACCUGAAGGUUGAGUAUAGCAGAAGUUCUGAAAUUGAGGAGCUGAAAGCCAUUAUUGAAAAUUUGCAAGAGAACCAAGAGCGAUUACAAAAGGAUAAAGCAGAAGAAAUUGAACAGCUCCAUGAAGUCAUUGAGAAGCUGCAGAGAGAGCUGUCCAUCAUGGGGCCUGUGGUGCAUGAAGUCAGUGACAGCCAGGCUGAGAGUCUCCAGAGUGAGCUGCUCAGCUUGCAGGUGGAGAGCCCAGUCGGGCAGCCGCUGCAGGGCGAGCUUGACGCUGCACUCAUGGCCAAGGAGGCCCUGAGCCAGCUGCUGGCCGACCAAGCACAGGGACACAGCCAGGCGUUGGAGGCCGUGCAGCAGCGCCUGCGGGAAGCAGAGGUGGCUGCUGCGCGGCAGCUGGCUGAGCUGAGGCGCAGUGCGGCCCUCAGGGAGGCCGAGGUCAAGAAUAUGGCCUCCCAGAUCCGGGAGUUUGAAGUUGCCCUAAAAGCAAAGGAAGCCUUGAUUGCAGAGAGAGAUUUAGAAAUUAAUGCUAUGAACAAGUGGAAUGUGGCCCAUUCUGCCGAGCUGGAGGCCAUCCUGUUGGCCUUGGCCCGUUUCCGCUGCGCUCUGGAACAGCAACCCCUGGCUGCACCAGAUGAGCCUCCUGAGCUGCAGCGGCUGCGCGCUCAGUGUGCCCGCCUGAGCCACCAGCUGCAGGUGCUGAACCAGCGUUUCCUGAGGUGCCAGACGGAGCUGGACAGACAGCAGACCCCGCAGGCCGCAGCCCACACACCAGCACUCAGGGCCUGCCUGCAGCCUUGUGUGGGGGGCAUCACUGAGGCGUGGGUCGCCAGGGUUGCGGAGGCCGUGUGCGAGGAUGAAUCGGAGUGGGGUGUCGGUGGCAGGUGGCUGACCACAGCCCCCCAUGCCCUGGACCAAGACACACGGGAUGAUUUUCAGCCUGCCAAAGUCCUGGUGACUUUAAAGGAUGCAGAUCUCCCGAAACAAGAAAGCGUGAUGUCAGUGCUCACCCUCUGCCAGCAGCAACUGGAGUCAGAGCUGCUCCUGAUGAGCGAUGAAGUCCACUGGAGUGUGGGGGACAGCAGCAAGGUGUCGGGGAGAAGGAAGGGUAAGGAAAAACUACUGGAAGAUUGUCAACUUCAGAAGGACGAUCUCAUAGCUCAGGUGAAACAACUUCAAGAAAAAUUGAACCAUCUGGUGUAUUCUGUGACCUUCCAGGAUGUUGACACUGAAGAUUUUAAAUUUCAACAGCCAUUGGCAUCAGCAUACAUGUUAGAAAAUAGUUCAAGUGUUAGAUCUCAGAGGGAUGAAGAACCUGACAAACCGCUCUCUGUGGAGGCAUUUAAUACUAAUAAAACCACAUGGGAUCUAACUGAUAUUAUUAAAAAUCGGGAUUCUUUGAUAAUAAAUGAAAUGCCAAAUUUUCCCAUUCAAGAAAAAUUAGCACUGCAGGAUGGGUCCCUUUCUUUACAAACUAGCGUGUACAGAGGCUCCCAAGACCCAAGCCACACCAAGGAGGCUGAAACCCUGAAGAACCUGAGCAGGGCGCUGGACCUGUCUUCCUGGAGCUCCCCAGAGGUCCUCAGGAAGGACUCAACGCUGGAGCCUCCACCCAGCCUCCCCCUGACGCCCUGCUCAGGUACCCUGAGCCUGCGCAGCGCCAACACCUCCCUGCAGGACAGGAUGGACCCCUUGCUGCUGCCGGCUGGUGCACCUGAGCUGCUUUGUCACCCAGGCGAGUCAGCAGCAAUGCAGGUCCUGCAGUGCACAGUGUCUCCGUCAGCCAGCCACCACCAUGUGGAGAGGACAGCUGUGGAGAAAGAUGUUGAAGACUUCAUGGUAACAUCUUUUGACUCUCAGGAAGCGUCAGCAUCUCAUCCUCCUGGCCUAGCAGGAAAAAGUGAGGAAAGUGGAAAAACCACCCCCUUCUCUUCACACCCCUGGUUGGGGCAGAGUGCCGGCCCUGUGGGCAUCCAGCUGCCUCGCAGUGCCUGCCUGGCCCAUCAAUGCUUCUUCAUUGAGAUGAGCCAUAGCCACAGUUGUUGCUGGGUGUUUCUGCUCCAGCUGUCCCCACCCUGCACUCUGUGGUGUGUCCUUGGCAGAAUGUACCAGAGAGGGGUAGUUUCGGUCCCUGACCUUGUGGUGUUUUUAGGUGAUGGCUUGGGUUUUGGAGCGAGACUGAGUCUGGGGACAGGAGAUCUCGAGGCUCCUGCCGCCAGUGUUACAGCUCCAGCCGCCAGUGUUACAGCUCCUGCCGCCAGUGUUACAGCUCCUGCUUGCAUCUCUGGAAGGUUCCGAUGGUCACUAGAAGCAAUGAAGGGGAAAGAAGUCCAUCCAAAGCACAUGAAGGCCUUGCUGCAGAUGGUGUGUGACGAGAGCCGCCAGAUACUGGCCUUGUCAGAGAGCUGCAGCCCGCCUAGGACCCUGGGCAAGGGCGAGCCACACACACCCCUGGACCACUUCUCGAGGGAGGGGCAGGGCCUGCUGGAGUCAGCACGACAACCACAAAAGGGAGAGAAGGAAGCUUCGGACAUGUGCUUUGAUUGGAGAGGAGAAUUUCUGCAGGUCAUCCAGGGGGUGUUUGAGAAAGAGUGGGAGAUGCUGCAGGUCCAGCUGCAGCCCAGACUCUGCAACUCAGACCCUGGGGAUCACAGUGCCUUGUUCAAGAGGCUGGGGAAUGCCAUCCAGGAGCAGGGAAACGUGCAAGAAAAGUCCUUGGAGCACCUCCACCUGUCCGACAGGAACAGCUUGCUCUCUGAGAUCCAGGCUCUGCGUGCCCAGCUGCGCAUGACGCACCUGCAGAACCAGGAGAAGCUGCAGCAGCUGUGUGCGGCACUGACCAGCGCAGAGGCCCAUGGGAGCCACCAGGAGCACCAGCUGCGCAGGCAGGUUGAAUUAUUGGCGUAUAAAGUUGAGCAGGAAAAAUGUAUAGCAAGCGACCUGCAGAAAACCCUGAGUGAGGAGCAAGAGAAGGCGCUUUGUGUUCGGAAGCUCCUGGUGGUGGAGCAGAACGCAGUGAGAGACUUGAAGUCCGAGCUCUGUGAGUGCAAACAGGAGAACGAAAGACUGCUGCAGUCCCUCAACGACGUGCAGAAGGAAGUCCUCCAGCUGAGAUCCGUGCUGGACAGCAAAGAGCACGAUCUGAAGGCCGCACUUCAGGAGCUGGAGAGCGAGCGGGUGAAGGAGCGUGCCCUCCAGAGCCAACUGGAGGAGAAGCAGCUGCAGCACCUGCAGCGGGAGGGCCAGAGUGCCAAGUCCCUGGAGGAAUUAAGAGUAUCCUUGGAGAAGCAAUAUGCUCAGAGUAGUCGACUCUGUGUUGCGUUAAAACACGAGCAGACGGCAAAGGACAAUCUUCAGAAGGAGCUGCAGAUCGAGUCUUCACGCUGUGAGGCGUUGCUGGCACAGGAACGGAGCCAGCUCUCUGAGCUCCAGAAGAGUCUGGAGGCCGAGAAGAGCCGCGCACUGGAACUGUCAGAGGCCUUGCAGCAUGAGCGGCUCCUGACGGAGCAGCUGAGCCAGAGGACCCAGGAGGCCUGCGCCCACCAGGAGACGCAGGUGCACCGUGCUUUGUUGCGGAAGCUGAAAGAAGAGAAGUCCCAUGUGGUGGAGCUGCAAGCAGUGCUUGAAAAGGUGCAGCAGCAAGCUGUGCGUUCGCAGCAGCAGCUUGAGGCUGAGGCUCAGAAGCGCUGUGAAGAACUCCGGAAAGAGAAGGAGCGGGAAUUACAAUUACAACGUCAGCGUGAUGAGCACAAGAUCAAGCAGCUUCAGCAGACGGUGAGAGAGCUGGAGUCAAAAGAGCAGGCGCUUUGCGGCAAUGGCCCCCACCUGGGCUCUCCCCACAGGGCCUGCAGCUUGGGCUUGGACUGUCUCCGGGAACAGCAGCAGGAACUGGAGAGGAUAAGGCAGCAGCUGCUGUGUGCUGCCAGGCUCCUAACCUGCUUUAUUAACCAGACUGUGGACAGGACAAUUAGUGAUUGGACAUCAUCCAAUGAGAAAGCAGUGACAUCUUUAUUGCGUACGUUAGAGGAACUGAAGUCUGAACUGAGCACGUCCACCUCCUCCCAGAAAAAAAUGGCAGCAGAACUACAAAUCCAGCUUGUGGAUGUCUUGCUGAAAGACAAUGAUUCUCUUACAAAAGCUGUCAGCACAGUGACCCGAGAGAAAGCAGAGCUGUGCAGGGCAUUGUCCAAGCUCGAGAAGACCCUGAAGCAUCAUCUGCAGAAGGGCUGCACCCUGAGCAGUUUGGACAGGUCUGCACGGAAGCAAGACCGGCCAGUUUUGCAGAAUUCAUCACAACACUCAGACCCAAGCCUGCCCACGCCAGCUGCGAACGAGGAAGCAAACACCUGCAAUGUCAAAAUGGAAAAAUUGUACCUGCAUUAUUUAAGAGCAGAGAGCUUUAGAAAAGCUCUGAUUUAUCAAAAGAAGUAUCUUUUACUGUUAAUUGGUGGAUUCCAGGAUUCUGAACAAGAAACACUCUCCAUGAUAGCCCAUUUGGGGGUAUUUCCUUCCAAGGCAGACAAGAAAAUCAGCACAUCUCGUCCUUUCACCAGGUUCCGCACAGCUGUCAGGGUGGUCAUUGCCACACUAAGAUUACGCUUUUUGGUUAAGAAAUGGCAAGAAGUAGAUCGGAAAGGAACUCUAGCACAAGGCAGAGCCCCCCGCCCAGGACCCCGAGCACCACGGCAGCACCGGUCUCCACCUGAAACCAGAGAGUCCCCACCAACCCGGGAUGUGCCUUCAGGCCACGCCAGGGACCCCACCUGCCACUCCAGACCUGUAACAACAGCCUCCCUGAGCAGGAGGGGAAGAUCUACUCCAUCCCCAAAUUCAAGAUUAGAAAGAUCUCUGACUGCUUCUCAAGAUCCGGAAGAUUCUUUGACAGAAUAUAUUCACCAUUUAGAAAUGAUCCAGCAAAGACUUGGGGGGUACAACCAGAUUCCACUUCAAAGAAAUCCUGACACCAGAAGAUUAAACAAUGAAUAAAAUCCCUGUGGCUUUUGCUGUGACAAGUCCAUUCGAAGGAAAGAUUUAUUUCCUCCUUUUCCUAAGGAAAGCUCAUGGUGUGGCAUGGGCAUUCCUCAUUGCCCAUGAGUCCUGCUAAUUAAGUGUUCUCACCUUUACAAACAAAGCCAAAUGGGGUGUCUUCCACGUAGUCUCUCAGUGUCUCAGUUCCUCACCCUCAUGAGGCCACAAGCACUUGGGUUGCGGGCAAUGGGCGUGUCUUCUGUGCCUGUUGGUGGAGCCACUUGUGUGCCUCCAAGAAGGGUAAGCAGAGAAUGGCUUCCUGUUGUUUAUUUUCUUUCUUUCUUUUUUUUUUUUU